AUGGCGGAAAUAUUUGGAGCCGUUUCAGCUAGCUCCAACCUUUUAGAGAAUGCUCUUUCGUUGAUUAAGAUUCUACGCAGGGCGCAGAGGCGGCAGCAAGGUCUCGUUGAUCUCUUGAUACUUCAUGAGGAUGAGUUAGACAGUAUCAAGACCAUCUUGCAGCAGCUUGAGAAGAAAGAGAACUCCGACCUCCACACAGCCAGCCUUGGUGCCGAGCUCGUCCGUAUGCAGCAGGUUCAGCAUAGGUUAGCUGCACUCCUCAAGGAAUUGGACCCGGGAUCAAAAGGAAGAAUCAAUCAAUUCGCGCGCCAACUUCUUGCAGGGUCCGCAGAGGAGGAGAGGCUGAGCAGCAUAAUGGCCGAACUCGCACAAGUCAAGACUUCGAUACUGUUGUGCAUCCAAAUGUCCAACGUGGGAGUGAUGCGCGAUAUGAACAGACAGAUUGUGGCCGACGCAGCAAAGAUCGAGCGCAUUGAUUCGAACCUCCAGAAGCAACUGGAACAGCUGGACGACUACAAGGGUCUUCGCAUUGCUCGGCUUAUAAAGGGCCGACGUGCAUCAGCCAAUGGCACCGUUCCCCUUACCCAGGCCGAUCUCAAGUCCCUAAGCACCUCAAGCGACUACUCAGGCAGCGCCUUCGAGGCUAACGCGCCUUCUUUUGAUAUACCCCCCCAACUAGAGCGCAUCAUCUUUGGUAACAUGGCGCGAGACCAGUCCUGUCAGAUCAAUAUCCCUGUGGGGGAAGAUAUCUGGAAGGAUUUGAAUGGUCGACUCGAAAUCCGAGAUAAUAUCGCACAAGACCAGGCUGCACAAUUCAAUUACCCUAUAUCGCUUGAGGCGCUUAAGCUGACGCUGGGCGCUCACGGGGAGAACAUUAAAGCUGUAUUCGCGCUAAAGACCGAGAAACAGCGGGACAUUCAAAAGUCAAAGAAGGCGAAGACAUGUCUGGCGAAGAGGUCUAAUAAUCCCGAUACGUGA